AUGGUACUUGGUUUCUUUCAAGAAGAGAAGGUGUUUGACUUUAUCGUUGUUGGAGGCGGAACUGCAGGUAACUGCGUCGCAGGUCGUCUGGCAGAGAACCCCGAUCUCUCCAUUCUUGUAAUCGAGGCUGGUAAAGACAACCCCCUCAAGGAAGAAAAGAUCUCGACUCCCGCGCUGGCAUUCCAACUUGUCGAAAGCGAAUAUGACUGGCAAUACCCCAUCACUUUCUGGGAUAGAGAGGGCGAGAAAAGGCAUGAAGCCAAGAACACAAGAGGAAAGAUCUUGGGUGGAAGCAGUUGUUUAAACUAUUACACGUGGCUGCGCGGAAGUAAGCCCACGUACGACGAGUGGAGCAGGUACGGCGGCAAUGAAUGGAGCUGGGACAAGUGCUUUCCAUACUUCCAGAAGCCUGGCACGAUGCACGAUAGACACCAGAUCCUCGACCACGAUCCUGCUCACGUCGCCUCAGAUGGCCCUCUCCAGAUCAAUCCUGCCAUUCCCAUUCCGCUGGCUUCCAAGUUGCAAGAAGCAUGGAAGUCUCAGGGUCAUCGCCUGACUGACGACAUCUACAACGGCACGGUCAAUGGUCUCGCACAUGUCUGUCACACAAUCAGCAACGGCCAUCGUGAACCUUCCACUGUUUUUCUCGAGGGCCACAAGAACAUCACCGUCAAGGCUCAAACCAUGGCUCAUCGUCUGCUCUUCAGCGGCGAGACAUGUGUCGGUGUACAGACGCAUGCUACAGACAAGUCACAGGCAUACUACGCUCGGCAAGAAGUCAUCGUCUGCGGCGGUGUCUUUGAAAGCCCGAAACUGCUUUUGUUGAGCGGCAUUGGACCUUCCACCCAAGGAUCCAUGACAGAUCUGACAGCCGUCUCAUCCGGUAUCGGUCAUAGCGUCAAGUCUCCGCAUGUCGGCCAGAAUAUCCAGGACCAUCCUGUGGCGCCCCACUCUUUCAAGGUGAAAGAUGGCCAUAGUGUCGAUGAUGCGCUGAGACCGGGCGUCAAGAAUCUCGAAGCGAUGGCAGAAUACAAAGCCACCGGAAAAGGUCCAUUGGCCUCGAGUCUCUUGGAAAUGUGCGGCUUCGCAAGAGUGGAUGAUCGGCUCAAGAAAUGCAAAGAAUGGAGAGAAGAGGAGGAGACGAGAGGCCAUGAUCCCCUAGGUCCACAAGGCCAGCCACAUUUUGAGUAUGACUUCUUGCCAUGCUUUGCUUCGCCAUUCUUGCCCCAUGUCCCCGAGCCCACCGAGGGAAACUACAUGACAAUCGUUGUCUCUCUCCUCCGUCCACUCUCCCGUGGCUCCUUGAAGAUACAGUCCGCAAAUGCCCUUGACUUCCCGCUCAUCAACAUGAACUAUCUCGACCAUCCCCUCGAUGCCGUCGCAUUGCGUGAAGGUGUCCGCUUUGUAGAUGAAAUCAUACUCCGAGGUGACGGUAUGAAGGAUCUCAUCGUUGGUGAAUAUCCAGAAGGCGAUGGUGGCAUCGUCAGAGACAGCGAUGAGGGCAUGGCUGAAUGGUUGAAAGGACGUUUGACCAGUGGAUAUCACCCCUGCGGCUCAUGCAGAAUGGGUCCAACGAUCGAGGAAGGCGUCGUCAACGGUCGUCUCCAAGUCCAUGGUGUCCGCAACCUUCGCGUCAUCGAUGCGAGCGUCUUUCCCCUGAUCCCAGAUGCGCGUAUUCAGAAUCCCGUCUACAUGGUUGCUGAGAAGGGUGCCGAUUUCAUCAAGCAGGACCAUCCUGCGCUUUUCCAAGCCAAAGAGGGUCUGGUGGAUAAGGUCAAGGAUCUGGUGUUGCAGGAUGGAGUAGAUCAGAGACCUUUGUGGUAG